AUGACGAUCGGUGCAGUCUGGAAAAUUCAGAAAAAAAAUGGAAACUCCAUCACGAAUUGUGACGAUCAGCAAAAAAUUAUUCCAGUCACAGCAGAUGAUGAUGAUGAUGUCACUAAGCUUAGUAAAAAUCAAAAUAUAGAACAAGAAUUAACAAAGGAGUUGCUCAGUG